AUGGAGGUUGUGCAGGAAGCCGUGGGGGGACCCCAGCUUCUGUAUGUGGGGGCUGGGGUCAUUGCUGUGCUGCUGGCAGUUGUGGCUGUGUGCUCCCUCCCCUCCCUGAUGGAUUACUGGAGGCGAUGGAGGGUGAUGAAGCCAAUCCCGGGUAUCAGUCCCUGCUAUCCUGUGCUGGGAAAUACUCUGCUCUUGGAGCGCGAGGGACAAGCUUUUUUUAAACAACUACAAUUCUACGUUGAAGAGCUCAGGAGUUGUCCAUUGUUCAAACUUUGGGUAGGACCGUUGCCUAUCAUGGUUUUGUAUCACCCUGACAGUGUGGAGGUUAUUCUGAACAGUUCGAAACAUAUAGACAAAUCAUACCUGUACAAAUUCCUGCAGCCGUGGCUGGGCACUGGACUUCUGACGAGCACUGGAGGCAAGUGGCGGUCGCGGCGGAAGAUGAUAACUCCCACAUUCCACUUCACAAUCUUAACUGACUUUCUAGAGGUUAUGAAUGAACAAGGAAUUAUUUUGUUGGAGAAACUUGAGAAGCAUGUUGACAAGGAACCAUUUGAUGUCUUUCUGUAUGUCACUCUGUGUGCCCUUGAUAUCAUCUGUGAAACAGCGAUGGGCAAGAAUGUGGGUGCUCAGCAGAAUAAGGAUUCUGAGUAUGUUCGUGCUGUCUACAGGAUGAGCGACCUAAUCCAACAGCGACAGAAGAGCCCUUGGCUUUGGCCUGAUCUUGUAUAUAUGCUGUUCAAGGAAGGAAGAGAGCAUGAGAGGAACCUCAAGAUACUUCACAAUUUUACAGAUACAGUGAUUGCAGAAAAAGCUGCGGAACUUGAAAACACCAAACAAAUAGAAGAAAGUGGCUCCAUAAAGAGAAAAGCUUUCCUGGACAUGCUGCUGAGUGCAACAGAUGAUGAAGGGAAUAAAUUGAGCUACAGGGACAUUCGUGAUGAAGUGGAUACCUUCAUGUUUGAGGGCCAUGAUACAACAGCAGCUGCUAUGAACUGGGCCCUGUACUUACUUGGAUGUAAUCCUGAAGCCCAGAAGAAGGUUCACAGGGAACUGGAUGAAGUGUUUGGCAACACUGAGCGUCCUGUUACAAUGGAUGAUUUGAAGAAGCUUCGAUACCUUGAGUGUGUUGUGAAAGAAGCCCUUCGUCUCUUCCCUUCAGUUCCGCUGUUUGCCCGUACCUUGAGAGAGGAUUGCUGCAUUAGAGGAUAUCAAGUACCAAAAGGCACAAAUGUUCUUGUCAUAACUUAUGCCCUGCAUAGAGACCCUGAGAUCUUUCCUGACCCAGAGGAGUUCAGGCCUGAGCGAUUCUUCCCCGAAAAUUGUAAGGGAAGGCACCCAUAUGCUUAUGUGCCCUUCUCCGCUGGUCCCAGGAACUGCAUUGGUCAACGCUUUGCACAAAUGGAGGAGAAAGCUCUUCUAGCCCUCAUCAUGCGGCGCUUUUGGGUAGACUCAUGCCAAAAGCCAGAAGAGCUUGGUGUAACUGGAGAACUGAUUCUUCGUCCAAAUAAUGGCAUCUGGAUUAAGCUGAAGAGGAGGCCACAUGCUGGAUCAGAAUGA